AGAAUGGAGUCGAUAGAUGCAGCAUUAUUGUGUUUUGUGUGGAAAAAACAUGGAAAAUAGGGAUCAAGAAAUUCCACAUAUUGCAAUGAAGACCGACUAGGAUUGGUCAUUGGUGGUGGGCUUUGAAGGACCGAUUUUUCCAAAGGGAAGAAAGACUUGAGCCGAUCGUCGAAUCGGAGUCCACUCUUCUCAAUCGGGCGUUGCCGCCGCGCACAGAUUCCGGCGACUAUGGCGGAUCACCACCACCGUCAUCACCGGCCGAAUCGAAUAGCGGUUCCUCCCCGGACCGCCUUCCCGACGGGGACGACUCCGCGACCCUCGUACCCGGUUUUCUCCUACCCACCUUCAACCCCAAUUCCCACCCCCUCAAAACACCGCCUCCCCAAUUCCAAACCCUCUACGGCGGCGGCGUCCUUCUCCUUCCUCCUCCUCCUGCUUUUCUCGCUGCGUUCUUUGUACUCUCUCCUCCCUUUUCUGCGCUCUUCUCCGCCGUCGUUCUCCAUCUUCCCUUUCUCCUUUCUCGUCUCUCUCCUUUCCUUUGUCUGCACCCUUUGUUUCUCGCUGUUCGCUUCGGCUUCUGGUAAAGGGGCCUUGUACCGAAAACUCCCCGUUUUUUCUCUUACUUCAAUCACCCAAUCACAGCACAAGCUCCUCGUCGCUAAAUCAAUCGUUUUGGCUGUUGUGUUUUUGUUGAGAUUUCAGGCGUUGAGGUACUGCGGCGCAGCCGCGAUGAUAUUGGCCGAAUUGUCAGGAAAUGUGGCGGCGAGAUUUAUCGGAGAGGGUAAAAAUGUGAGCUUUGUGAAUCGGAACAUUGGAUCAUCCAAGGUGCGUGGGUUUAUUGCAUUGCUUUCUGGAUUGCUCCUGUUAUCUGUUAGCUGGGAUCGAACUGAAUGUUUUCCUUUCUCCCAUUUGAAUAUUAGGAGCAGCAGAGGUUUUUUAGUGUUUCCCAGUGGCAAUUGUUUGAGGAUUUGGCCAAUGCUGCUCCCUUUCUUGUCGGGUUUUUUGGGGUAUUAUGAGCAGAUUUUGUCGAAUUGGGGGGAUCUUCGAGAGCUUGGCCAAAAAAGGGUUCGUUUGAUCACCUUGUUCUUCACUACAGUUGUGCUUUUUAUACCUGCUGCUGUUAGUAUGCUCGUGUUUGAGGUAGAAGGUGAUAGCAUUUCGGUUUCAAGUCUUGUCUGGCCAUUGGCUAAUACCGUAGUGUUCGGCGCGCUUUUGAGUGAGAAUUUAUCCGAAGAGAAAGCUGCAUCUGCUUCGAAAGAUGUCCGGAGGGAGUAUGUAGUUACCUUUGUGUGUACCCUUGUUUUGGAGUUGUUUUAUUUUCCGGAGCUUUCGUUGUGGGGAUUGCUGAUUUGUGGGCUGUUGCUUUGGAUUUCGGUGAGGGAAUUGAAUCCUGCUGGAUAUAGUUAUCCUGAAUUGGGCUACGAAUCGCCCGAAACGUUGAUUACUUUAGUGAUGAAAUCUCUAAAGCACGUUUUGGGCGAGAGGAAGUCGCGCAAGAUUGCUUUAUUUCUGUUGAUCAAUACAGCUUACAUGGUGGUCGAGUUUGUUGCCGGGUUCAUGAGCAACAGUCUAGGGUUGAUAUCGGAUGCGUGCCAUAUGCUGUUUGAUUGUGCUGCCCUGGCAAUUGGCUUGUAUGCUUCUUACAUUUCACGGCUGCCGGCCAACAGCCAAUACAACUACGGACGUGGGAGAUUUGAGGUGCUGUCUGGGUAUGCCAAUGCGGUGUUUCUUGUUCUUGUCGGAGCAUUGAUCACGCUCGAGUCAUUUGAGCGGAUUUUGGAUCCUCAGGAGAUUUCUACUAGCAGCCUACUCUCGGUGUCGAUUGGGGGACUUCUUGUCAAUGCUGUAGGGCUAAUAUUCUUCCAUGAAGAACACCAUCAUGCUCAUGGUGGAUCUGGACCAUGUUCCCAUUCCCAUGAUCAUCACUUACAUGAACAUCAUGAUGGGCUCGGAGGCAAACAUUGCGCUGUUGUAGGCCAUGAUGAAGCAUGUAGUGUGGAUCAUGGAAGUGAGCGAUGCAAUGGGAACGACGACCACCACCACCAUAUUCACGACGACAAUCACCCUGGCGACAAAGUGGAUCACCAUGAGCAUCAUGAUCAUCAUAUUACACCAUGUGAUCAUGACGGCGUUCAUGCUGACCAAGUUUUGGGUAAAAAAGACGAGAAAAGGCACCACCACCACCACCACCACCAGCACGUUGACCACAAUAUGCAAGGCAUUUUCUUGCAUGUCUUGGCAGACACCAUGGGAAGCGUCGGCGUGGUUAUCUCAACACUAUUGAUCAAAUACAAAGGAUGGCUUGUUGCUGAUCCUGCCUGCUCGAUAUUUAUUUCUGCAUUAAUUGUGUCCUCUGUUAUACCAUUGCUCAGAAACUCCGCAGAAGUGUUGCUGCAAAGAGUUCCAAGAUCGUGCGAGCAUGAUCUCAAGGAAGCUUUAAAUGAUGUGAUGAAGCUGAAGGGAGUUGUAGGCCUUCAGAAUCUGCACGUCUGGAGUUUCACCAACACCGAUGUUGUCGGGACCAUCCAUCUUCACAUAUCUUCAGAUGCCGAUAAGACUUCCUUAAGGAAACAAGUAUCUCACAUUUUACAUGAUGCUGGUAUCAAGGACUUGGCGGUGCAGAUCGAAUAUGUUGACUUGGAAAGAUGAUCUAAACUUAUAAUAGCCAGUACAAUGUGCUACACCAUUUUAACUUUAUUGUAGUUUCUGCUGUGCAGCAACAAACUGGUCUUGUUGGUAAACUGAGUAUUAUACCUUCUUAUGCAUCGUCUGUGAUCUCUUUUCUGGAGAA